AAAUGGACACCAGCACUAAUUAUGAUUAAUAUGCUUAAAAGGCAUACUCGGCAAAUGUAUUUAAAGUGGAUGAAUCUGAAUUUAUUAUAGAAAAGAGAUACAAGCCAACAUAAUAGCGUAACAUUAUGCUUUUAUUUCAGUUGGAAGUGGUGCAUAUGGUGUGGUGAUUGGUUGUGAAGAUACAAAAGCAGCUAAUUCAGAAUAAAAAAUGGUGGCAAUAAAAAAGAUUGAAAGGACAUUCGAACAUCGGUUUUAUGCUAAAAGAACAUUAAGAGAGUUGAAAAUCUUGAGAAACCUAAGGCAUGAAAAUGUAAAUUUGUAAUAAAAGACUUUAGAUAGUUAAUCUAAUCACCCUUCAAUUACCGAAAUCGAGAAAGCACUUUUACGACAUGUAAAUACUUGACUUAAAUGAAUUAAUAGUUAUUGUGUUACAGAAUUAUUGGAUACUGACUUAAAACGGGUUAUUGAUAAAGAACAUGCUAAGUUGAAUUAAGAUCACUUUAAAUUGUUUUUGUAUCAAAUUCUCAGGGCCUUAAAAUACAUGCAUUCAGCCAAUAUAUUGCAUCGAGAUCUUGUAAUACUAUAAAAUAUAUAAUAGAAACCAACAAAUCUGUUAUUAAAUAAAUAAGAUUGCAUGCUGAAAGUCUGCGAUUUCGGAUUGUCAAGAGCACUCUUAUAGACAACAAAAACACAAUAACAAAACCCAAAUAUCAUGACAGAUUAUGUUGAAACUAGAUAUUACAGAGCUCCAGAAUUAUUGUUAGGACUUAAAACCUACACUUAAGCAGUGGAUAUAUGGAGUGUUGGAUGCAUAUUUGCAGAAAUAGUAAGAGGCAAAACAUUGUGGAGAGGAUAAAAUUGUAAUUGAUAAUCACUUAUUUUAGCUAAGCAACAAAUUAAAAUGAUUUUUGAAACCCUAGGAACACCUUCAAAAACUAAGAUUAUGCAAGUAUAAGAUACCUUCGUCUCAUCUAAACUAAUUGAAUUAGUAUCAGAAUUGGGUACUCUCGAAAAGGUUCCUUGGGAUAAAGUUGUUAAAGGAUUACCACCUGAAGGAUAUGACCUUCUUGAGAAGCUAUUAGAAAUAGAUUAUAAGAAAAGAAUCACAGCUGCUGAAGCCUUAAAGCAUCCCUACUUGAAGGAAUUGCAUAAUCCAAAUGAUGAGGUAUUAAAUUCAUUCCAAUCUUAAUAGCCAACAAGAUCUCCAGUAUCCAAUAUGGAGUUUGAAUUUGAAAUGUAUGAGUUUACUAAUGAGUAACUCAAAGGUAAUAAAGUCUAUUAUUUUAGAUAUGAUUUACGAGGAAAUUCUUUUGUAUCAUUUUCCUGAUUUUAAGAAGUAAUAUGAAGACAAGAUUGUCAAUAAUGAAAGUGUCAUAAGUCAUAUAAUGAAGGGGGAGAGUGCUAAAAUCAUUGACCCUGAAGCAGAUGAUGAUUAUCCCAUUUGA